CAGACUUGCCCAACAUUAGGUAGCCUUGACGAUAAGUGGAAUUGUCCAUUUGACGGCCUUGGAUAUUCGUCUGCUGCCACUGCCAUUCCCUACCCAAAUACAUCUAAUGCUACAUUACGUGGUAGGAUCCUGCUGUACUGAUACCACCUCCUUACCAACCUGUUAGCGAGCUAUCGCGCAUCCCGCACUUCAUCUUACUUCGUCCAGACCGGACCGGCUCUUCCGCGGUGCACAAGAACCAUUGUCGAUGACCCCCGAUGCGCAACGCCAGCAGUGCCUCUUUUCGUGGGAAGCAGAAGACAGUAACGGCAACACCGGCCUCGUCUUUGCCGACAGACAACGCUCAUGCAGUCCUUCGACCAUGAUGCGCCGACCGAACGUGUCUCCACGCCCCCGAUCGCGGCCUCCGCCUUGAAGGACUCCAAGACGAGGACCAGGCAAUCGUUGGGCGACACCUUUCCGCUCUCCCAGUCCGAGGUCACUCUGCCUUACCGACGAUCCCAUCCAUCUGCCGCCUCCCUCUACGCCUCCACCUUCUCGCCUCCCGGUUCUCGCUCACAGUCGCCUAGCGGUAGGCCCCUCUCGACGCGGACCACGAGUAGCUCUGUGUUUGGUGCGAGCCCGAAUAACGGUCUAGCUUUGGCUGCAGGCGUUGGCGAUGUCCCCGGUGACCCCCUGAACAUCAUCCUUCGGGCUUUUGUGCCGCAUAUCGCUAUUUACGCUUCCGAAGAUACAGAUGUUCUCCUUAAAGAAAAGGGGUUUGAUCAUGGACUGUGGGAGCUGCUCCGACCAUUCGGCGAGCGCAUUCAGGGCAAGGUCAUCAUACGCGAUAGCAAUGGUUCGAGUCGAGCAUACGAAGAUUAUUCAUUACAUUUCACUCGUUUUGGUGAGGGAAUUGUCCAUCCCGAGCCAGCCACCACAGGUCUCAAGAAUGUUCAGACUUCGAGAGUCAACGGGGUAUCGGAGAAGCCAAAUGAGCCUACACAUUUCUCGAAGGCUGGGCCAAAUAUCGCAGAGGUUGAGGCCGUGGUAGAUAGGCACCUCAGUUAUGCAGAAGGUUCUACCUUUGGGGCGCCCUACAGUCCUACGAGCCAUGGGGCUGACUUGGACGCACCCUCCCCAUACUACGCCCUAUAUCUCCGCAGGCUACUCUCUGGCUUGCCGUUAACACCCCAUGAGGCCUUUGCGCACCCGGUUGCCUGUGUCACAGCGAUAAGUUCGCGAAACCAGGACCCCAUCAGCACAUUGAGACGUCUAUAUACGGAAUCGAGCACAGGUGACAAACGGUUGCCGAACUGGGUAGAUGGAGAAUUUCUAAGAUACUACGUCCUCGUCCAUGAUGAAGAGAGAGACGACAUCACAAGAUCGAUUCAGCUAUUUGAGCAGAUGAAGCGGAACCUCGGUCUUCACUGUCAUCUGCUUCGGAUAAGAGGCACCCGGAGCUUAGCUGACGACGAUGAUAGCAUACCACUACCCAGGUGCGAGUGGAUGUCAGCAACAGAAGAGCUGGCUGAAAUCAGGGCAAGUGAAGACGACGACAGUUACGAGGAUCGGACAAAAUACAUAUUCGAGUCUGAUGCAACGGCCAUACGCACCUUUAUCCGUGAGAUGGUGACGCAAUCAAUCAUACCUACGAUGGAGCGCCAUGUUUCGGUGUGGAAUGAUCAAGUUGCCUCGAGACGGAGAGGGUUAGCCGGAAAAUUCGUAGGCCUAACCCGCCGCUGGGGGUUUGGCACCAAUUCGCGGUCGGGGGGCACUGGUUCGAGUUCCGGGAGUAACUAUGACUCCCUCGGUUUCUAUCGAUCAGACACACCCGAGGCCAUCAUGCGGAAACUAGCUGAUUACGCAUUCAUGCUGCGCGACUGGAAGCUGGCCUACUCUACAUAUGAUAUCCUCCGGAGUGACUUCAACAACGAUAAAGCAUGGCAUUAUCACGCCGCUACUAAUGAAAUAGCUGCCCUCAGCCUCCUCAUCAUGCCGCAAAACCUCUCGUCUAAGACGCGAGCAGAGACCAUCGAUGCGAUGUUCGAGGCAGCUUGUUACUCGUAUCUCACCCGGUGCAGCGCGCCCUACGGCGCACUACGCUGUCUUGCCCUUGGGCUGGAACUUCUUAGGCUACGGGGAGGCUCGAGCGUCGAUGACGCUGUCAGAUGGGGCAUGCGUCUGCUCCAAAGCAAGGUGCUCGGCCCCGUCGGCGACGCCCUCAUCAAGGAACGCCUGGCAGUAUGCUACGCUUCCAAAGACGGCCUCGGUUCGCACGGAUGGGGGAGCAGACGGCGGAAGUCGGCCCUGUGGAACGUCCUCGGGGCGGAUACGUGGCUUGCGCAAUCGAAAUACAUCCAGUCGCAACAGUGCUUGAACAGGGCGAGGAAAACGUACUCGGAUCUGCCUGUUGAUCACGGCAUUGAUAAAUUCCAGAAUGCGAGCGCGUUUAUGAUUGGUAUUGGGCAGCAAUUGAACGAGAAGAUGAACACUGCUGAUCAAGAGGAUGAGGAAACGACGGGCGACGAAAGCGAGGUUGUCGAUGAGGAGAGCGAGGCGUUGGGCGGGAUGCGGAGGCGCCGCGCGAGUUCCCUUGGUUUCCCGGCCGGCGCGGGCGCGGCGGUUCUCGAGAGCGCGCCUUUACAGCCUAGGGCGGGUAUUAGUGAGGGGAAAGAGGAGAGUAGUAGUGAAGACGAUGAUGAGGAGGAAGAAGAAGAGGAGGAGGAAGAGGAUGAAAGUGAAGAGGGAGAAGAUGGGGAUGAAGACGAUGAAAGUGAAAGUGAAAGUGAAGAGGAUGAUGAUACCCAGGGACCGCGACAACGCGAUCGAGAUCGAGAUCCAGGGGACGCGAAAGAUGACUUUGGCUAGUACCUGUCUUAUCUACGUAUCUCAUCGUGAAUGAAUAGAUGCUGAAUGGCUUGGACUGGACGGAACGGGAUGGGAUGAGAUGUAAGUAAGUAAGUGAGUAAUGUCUUAAUAUCAUUAUUUAUGCAUACAUACAUACAUACGUACGUACAUAUUUGCAUUGGAUUUUGAUGUCUGUUGGAUGAGCGAGCUUUAUAAUUGAUGGUGGCUGUUUGUCUUUUUCUUGUAAUAUUGUGGUUUAAACUAGGCUAUUGGAGUGCUGUAGUGAGGUAGUGUUGUGAGUAUGUGAGCAUGUGAGUUUGGGUUUUGUGCGGUAUAAGGCUGUUUAAGUUUGCUACGCUACGGUUUAAUAUGUGUGUGUGUGUGUGGAAUUCGUUGAACUAUCUAUCUAUGUAGUUGGAUGUGAGGAGUUAUUCCUCGUGAAGCUUGGAAGAUGCUAGUAUUUUCUGUCAGAAAGGGGGUUGGUAUGAUGAUUAUUCUAGACGACGGAGAAACCUCACUUGGAAGUCUUAGACGCUCACUAUUGUCGUUGUUUUAUAGCUACGGUGGUGUUUGGCAUGGGUUGAGGGGUUUCGCUUUUCGCUGGGUACUUACUCCGUAGUGGUAGUGGUUAAAUCACUUUAUAAGUUGCUGCUUAGGUAGAUUGCUGAUUAAGUUACUGCUUGUUGUCUGUAUAUAUAUUUAGUUAGUCUUCGAA